GGAAGAGAGGCAGUCAGUACGAGGGUUGUGCUGCUCGGGUUUACAUCGGACGCCCCCGCCAAGGCUGGUUUGAGGCCAUGAAGGAAAAACCUGCUGCCAUGGAUUCCUAUCCGAACAUCAAUUCGUUAAUUUCGGAUUUCGUGGCCCAGUUGAAAACCUCAGGGAGGAGUCGAGAGGUUUUCGAACACGUGGGUCCGAACCACACCGAAGAGGAAAUGUUCUCUUACCUGUGGGGUCUUCAGGAGGCUCACCAGGCCCUUACGCCCACGCUCGUAUCUGCAGGAAAAUCCGAAAAGAUCGCCGAGUCCUUUCUGGAGGGCGGGGAGGAGGAACUCGACCGCGGAGACCUGAAGGAGGCGCUGAAAUCCUGCAGUAUGGCCAUUCUCUUUGCGCCCCAUCCAUUGUCGCUUGGCGGAAGGGACGCGGAGCUAGAGAACGGGAGAGAUCGUAACAAUAAUUUGGAUAUCCUGAUCACAGACGAGGAAGAGGAAGACAGAUCAAGAGCGUAUCGGAACUUCGAACUCUUGGCUCGUGGCUACGGUGGUCGAUCCGAGGUUCUGUUCGAGGCAGGACACUAUCGCCAGUGCAUCAUCGACAUCGACGCUGCCCUGAAUCACACCUCUGACGAAUCGCGCCGAGAGAGACUACACGAGCGGAGGGCCAAAUGUCACGCUAGAUUAAGGGAUGAAGAAGAAAAUGGAAAAAUAUCUACAAACGACAAAUAUGAGAAACUUUCUGACACCCUGUGUUCCGAGACGCCAGUGUUGCCAGAUCCCCAUCCAACCAUACCUGCGUUCAGUAAGGAUGUCAGAGUAGCUUUCGCUCCCUCGCAGGGAAGAUACCUGGUAGCAGAGAGAGACAUCAGUCCAGGUGAGACGGUGUGUGUCGAGAGGAAUUACUGCAGCGCUUUGUAUGCACGGAAUCUCCUCACACACUGCUGCGUCUGCUUGUCUCGCUCUCUCGCCCCUCUGCCGUGCCCCUUCUGCUCUGGUGUGAUAUUUUGCAGUGAAGCGUGUCGGGCAGAAGGUCUCGCUGGCUGCCACUGGCAAGAAUGCAAUAUCCUGCCAACACUCGUCAACCUCGCCAUGGGGCCAAACUCCUUCCUGGCUUAUAGGAUAAUAACGGCCACCUCCUAUGACACCCUGAAGGGCCUGCUGUUCGUGCUGAAAGGCGAAGAGAGCUCCAAACCCCCCGAGGCGAUUGGCUUUGACGAAGGUGGUAUGUACUCCUCCUCGUCGUACCGGCCUGUGUACCACCUCGUGACCAACAGGAAGGAACGGCCGCCAACGGACCUGCUGAGAAGAUGCAUCCAGGCCUUCGUCAUUACCAAGUUGCUAGUGCAGAGCGGUCGGUAUUUUGUGAAUGAUUGCGGGGCUGCGUUUGAUCCUACACGCGAGGAAAUUAUGUUGCUGGGUUCCACUCUGGUUCACCAUCUGAUGAGUCUUAUGUGCAACGCGUACGCCGUCGGUGAGUUACAGAUGAACGUCACUGACUACAGGCAGUGCAAAAUGGAACCAGUGGGAGGCGGAGUCUUCGUCGCCUCGAGCCUUCUCAACCACUCGUGCAACCCGUCAGUUGCAGCCUUCAGCUACGGCAGGACGCAAGUGCUGCGAGCCGUCAGGCAUAUCCCCGCUGGUCGUCCACUUACGUACAACUACGGGAGUUUUUACUGCACGGAAGACGAAGACACGAGAAGAGCAGGUCUUCUCAAGCAGUACAGCUUUACCUGCUGCUGCGAGGCCUGUGAGAACGGCUGGUAUGCCUUAUUUCAUCUUUCCUCAGACCUUGUGAUCAGUUGCCCGAAAUGUUCCACAGCGCCAUCAGAGUCGUGUCGUUCCUGUGAAUGUACAACUGUCAAGAAACGAAUAGAACAGAUUGUGAACAGUUUUGAUGUGAUGUAUCUUCAAAUCUUACACAAGGACGUAUCCUCUAAUGACGUGAACAUGUUGAUAGACGUGAUUAAGCUCAUGGAAAAGUGGGUACAAUUGCCAUGCAGAGAUUAUUUCGAUGCUCAGGAGUUACUGAAAUUCUAUUUCGACACAAGAGGCUCACAUGUAUAUGUAUAAUGGGAGGAUUUUUCACGA